GUGAGCUGGAUUCAAACAUGUUCAUAUGGGCUGGAGCAUUCAUCUAACUAUUCAAAAAAGAACAGCGCCAGGGAUGCAACACUGAUCAGAUUCCAUUCAAAGCACCUAAGGCAAUAGCACACCAUACGGAAUCUAUACAGGACCCACUCAAACAGUGUUACCUAGCCUACCACUACCUAACACUCACAGAAAACUCAAGAAAAACAUUUUACAAGUGGGCUGUGCCAAACAGCAAAGCAAGAAGGUGUAGGCCCUCCUACUGUCCACAACUAUAGAAAGCACUGAAAAGGGUGUUGCAUCUUUAGAAUGAUUGAAUUUAGUACAUAUCGGGGAAGCCCUUACUACAUAAUCCACAAUAAUUGUGCUCCUCAGUGUACUAGCUACCACAUUUUUUAUUAACUCUAACUACUAAGAAAUCAAAUAAUCAGGCAGCCAACAUUUUUUGGUUUAUGCUACACGUGUUUGUGUUUAUUCAGAUUGCGUGACUAUCCGUAUCAUAGGGAUAUACUUAUAUAAUAACAUAUGCACUGUUCAACGAUCCAUUUAAUAAUAAUUAUUGUUUAUCAUCUGGCCUAUAUCACCUGUAACAAGUUCUGAUUUAUUUAAAACAAACAAUCAUUAUGUCAUUCCAUUAUCUGAGCUGGUUUCCAAACGGUUUCAUUGGAAGUGAAGGCGGAACCUGCGAGAUUUAUUACAUUUAUUACAUGUACAUUACUUCCUUAAAAUCACAUAUCUCUACUUGCAACAUUCAGCUGGUCGCACUGCAUUUUCCGUUGAGAAAUGUGCCAAAUCAAACUGUUAUUCAUAAUUCUAGUUGGGGCAAAUAGCCUUCAAGUUGUUACAUCUUAUGCUGAUGGAAUGGUUCAAUCUGCAUGUGAAUCUAUGACUCCCAAGCAUGGUUCUAAUAGGCCGCAAAAUACUAUCGCACCCUAUAAAAUCGACACAAACAUCAGUUCGUCUAACCUGGAUGAAAUCAUGGUGAUCCUCAGGGCCAAUUCUGAAGCAUUCCGAGGUUUUCUGUUGGAGGCUGAAGACAGUCAAUGGCACAGACCUGUUGGCACAUUCACUCUGAUUGAUUCCGCGCAGACUCGGCUUCUAAGUUGCGGUGGACGUAAAGAUUCAGCAGUAAGCCAUACUAACAAUCACCUCAAGAAUGAAAUCAGAGUCAAAUGGAAAAGGCCAAAGGAUGGAAACUAUACAUUCAGAGCCACGUUUGUUCAACAAUACAGUAAAUUCUGGGUUGACGAGCUCCGUGAUCCUGUAACUACCACCUCUCCAACUACCAUUACUUCUGUGACUACCGUCAAAUCUACAGUAACUGGAACGACAUCUCGACCUGAACAACGUGCGGGUUAUAAGGAGAGCACAGCAACAGAGUUGGUGAAUCUCGCAAUCCCGCUCACGUAUGGCUGUCUAACAAAAAUGGCAUUCUACUCCCACAGUGGGCUUUGGUUUCGGGUUCAUGUGUCCCUGAUGUCACUUUUUGCCAUUGGGAAUAUCAUAGCACUUGUUUUAGUGUUUGUAGACGGCUGGAUGACAGAGGCGCAUCCAGUAUUGGUCUGUGUAGUGACAGUCCUGACUUUUAUCCAAAUUGUUGUCACUUUCUGCCGCUGUGGACAGAGUCAUGAACUGAGGUUCAUUUUCAAUUGGUUUCACAGACUGAAUGCAUUGGCAAUUGUAUGUCUUACAGUGGCCGCUGUAUUUACUGGUCUGGCUUCCAUUGAAGCCAACUCGCCCCAUCCUAUGCUUCAAAAACUGAUGGGAGGUUUGGUUGCUUGGGAGUGCCUGUUUUUCAUAUUACAACUUUUAAUGAUCUGGUGGAGAAAGACAGAUCAGAAUGACUCUUCAAAGAAAAUGACAAAUGCAUACACCAUCCUCCAUUUGGCAAUGCUGGUUGUUUUCUCCAUCAACAGUGGAGCAUUUUUGGUGGUCCUUCUCAACAUCAUUUUCACAUCAUAAAAGUCCUACAGAGAAAUAAAUUAGAGGUCAAUUUUGUACAUGUGCUCUAUGGACAUUGUACAAUUGCCUUUGCACUAUCACUUUUACCUGCUCAUAUCAAUUAUUUCUAACAAACAGAAUUUAAAGUGAAAAUGUUUUCAAAUUGAAGAUAGCGUGGAUAAAUGUAUUGAUAUCAGAUCUGAAUCAGUAAUAUAAUAUGAAAAUAUGUUUGAUCUUUGUGUAAAUAUAUACCAUUUUAAUGUGUUUUGAAAUGUAUUUUAAAUAACUGAUUAUAUGUGAAGUGAUUUAGUAAACACUGGCUUUAACAAUUACAAA